GCAGGAGAGCGAGGAUGAGGUCAGUCGCUCGACACAAGCAGGCGCAGCCUCGCGCACCGGUGGAAGCUAGACAGAGGCGGUCAGCGGCUGGCCGUUGACUGCGUCUCGCCAAUGCGGCUGGUGAGGACGCCUUGCGGCCGGCGGUUACGGCGCUGUCCGGCGCUGGUGGCCGCCGCGCUGACGUCCGUGGCUCUCCUGCUGGUGGCGACCAGGCACGGCACCCUUUGGACCGGCGACCACGAGGACCAGGACCCGGACGUGCGUCAGUGGAUCCGCAGAGACUCGAGACAGAAGGAGUACAUCAACCGCAGAGGCAUACACGUCAUCGUGGGACACUACAUGGGCAAGGGCCUGCCAUGGGAGAACACGCCUAACCUUACUGACGAGAUACUCAACGCCAACGACUUCGCACCGGAGAAGAACGCCGGUGCAGAUGGCCAGGCCGUGAUGGUGCUGCCCCACGAGCAAGCGCGCAGCAAGCUGCUCUUCCACGUGAACAAGUUUAACCUUCUAGUCAGCGACAGGAUUCCCCUGAACAGAUCACUUCCGGACGCCAGGAAAGAGAGCUGCAAGAAACUGUGGUACAACGUGAGCGCACUGCCGGACACGUCGAUCAUCAUCGUGUUCCACAACGAGGCCUGGUCGACCCUGCUUCGGACGGUGCACUCGGCCAUCGACCGAUCUCCGCGGAGGCUGCUGCGAGAGAUCCUGCUCGUCGAUGACGCCAGCGAGAGAACAUUCCUGAAGGAGCCCCUGGACAGGUACGUGUCGCGACUGCCGGUACCGACGCGCGUGCUUCGUUCCGGCAACCGGACGGGGCUCAUCAGGGCUCGCCUGCUGGGAGCAGCUCACGCCAAAGGCCAGGUGCUCACGUUCCUCGAUGCCCACUGCGAGUGCACCAAGGGCUGGCUCGAACCGCUGCUCGCAAGGAUCGCUGAAGACAGGAAACGAGUGGUGUGCCCCGUAAUUGACAUCAUCAACGACGAGACGUUCGCCUACGUGCGUAGCUUCGAGAUGCACUGGGGAGCGUUCAACUGGGAGAUGCACUUCCGCUGGUUCCCCGUCGGCCAGAGAGAACUCAAGCGAAGGAACGGGAACUCGACGAUGCCUUUCAGGACGCCCGUGAUGGCGGGCGGCCUGUUCUCCAUCGACAGGGACUACUUCUACGAGAUGGGCUCGUACGACGACCAGAUGGACAUCUGGGGAGGAGAGAACAUGGAGAUAUCAUUCAGGAUCUGGCAGUGUGGCGGCUCCGUGGAGGUGGUGCCGUGCUCGCACGUGGGUCACCUGUUCCGCCGCACGUCACCCUACACGUUCCCCAAACCGGGUGGCGUGGGCAAGGUGCUGUUCGCCAACCUCGCCAGAGUGGCGGCCGUCUGGAUGGACGAGUGGGCAAACUUCUACUUCAACAUAAACCGCGAGAUGAAGAAGAGUUACACCCCGCAAGACGUGGCGGAGCGCAAGAAGCUUCGAGAAAGGCUGCACUGCAAGAACUUCCGGUGGUACCUGGAGAACAUAUGGCCGGAAAACUUCCUGCCCGGCGACAACAGAUUCUUCGGAAAGGUGAGAAAUAAGAAGAGCGGGAAGUGCUUCGUGAGGCCAAGCUCCAAGAGUUAUCAUCAACCGGUUGGGAAGGUCGUGCUCGAAGAAUGUUCACUGACGCACUACCCUAUGCAGUACUUCGUGCUCACUGAAGAAGGCUUCUUAAUGACGGACGAAGCCAUCUGCCUCGAUUCGCCGGAGUCUCAAGCCAACACCAACGUGGUCAUGAUCGCCUGCAACAACCUGCCCAGGCAGAAAUGGCGCUACGAUCCUAAGACUAAAGAAAUUGUGCACAAGACAACCAAGCUCUGCCUUGACCUGCCCAGUAAACGCGGAGCGCAGGGCGUUCGCGUGCAAGAUUGCAACGGAGGUCGAAGCCAGAAGUGGAUCAUGGAGUCCGUCGACUGGAAGACACUCACCUAGAUUGCAUCGACGCUGCCGAGAAUCGCAAACGUUUGCCCACCGUCAACAACUUGUUUCGGAAGUCGAUUAAGAAAAACGACUCGAACACACGUCUUUCAUCGCUAUCUUAGACGCAGCAAAAAAAAAAAAGAAAAAAAAAGAGGAAGGAAAACACUGGCGGAAACGUACAUCGAAAAACCAGACAGCGUUUUCGAGUGAGCAGCAGCGCGCCGUCACAAGCGAGCUUGUGACGUCGCGAACUUGCGACCAAUCAUUAUGCGAUAGAAACGUGCUUACUUUCGCAUGACUUAGUCAUUCGAAAAAAAAAAAGGCAUAGAAAUAUAACUGAUGACUGAGUCUCGGUGAAGAUAAACACCCUUGAUCGGUGAGAUAAAGUCCCUAGAUAUCUAGGGCCUAUCUAGUAGGGUUACUACUAGUAUCGAGGUCCUAUGUAGUAGGAUAUCUAGUAGGGUUACUACUGCCAGCGUCUAAUGUCUUCCGGUGUACGUAUACAUACAUACGCUAGUACGUUUCCGCUAAGCGAAAGUUCUCUAUUAAUUUAUAUAGAAGUACUUAUUUCAUACAUUACUUUUUUUUACUAACAUGUACAUAGAGCAUGAUGGUGUAGCAUUAACUUUUCAUAACAUAGAUCAUCUGCGCCUCUUUCUGCUACACGAACAGAUUUUGUCGGUGCCAUGUAAAUAUACACGUCAGGUGAAGCACGACGGGCAAGUAUAUGCUCGUGUAAGAUCAGGGUUGUUAAGGUAUUUAUGCGUGUAAAUAAAAAUGAUUUUC